CAGCAGCGUCACAUGUUGUUUUUCUCCAGGAUCACAUCGCCCGCUGCUCGAGUCCGUGCGCGCUCCGGCUCCACUGUGGCGCACACGCUCUUUAUUAUGGAGUAGAAUAAACCGGAUCCGUUAGAAACUUUCUUUUCUUUUGCUUAUCCAAGAGGGUAAAAGGGGGAUUUCUGCUUUCCUGCAACUUGAGAGGAGACGAGGGGACAUGGCGAGUCCUCCGGUGCCGGGAGGACACCUGUUAUCUAAUGGGACGACCGGCGUGAAGAAGUGCGGAUACCUGAGGAAGCAGAAACACGGACACCGGCGCUUCUUCGUGCUCCGAGAGGCCACCGAGCACUUCCCCGCGCGUCUGGAGUAUUAUGAGAGCGAGAAGAAAUGGAGGAACAAGUCCGCAGCCAAGCGGGUGAUAACUUUGGACUCGUGUCUGUGCGUAAACAAACGAGCUGACGCCAAACACAAGCACCUCAUCGCCCUCUACACCAAGGACGAGUACUUCUCUGUGGCUGCGGACAACGAGCAGGAGCAGGACAGCUGGUUCACGGUUCUAACUGAUUUAAUAGCCGAAGGGAAAGUUUAUGACACCCCAGCAUCCACCUCCUCCUUGGUGGGCUUUGAGGAGACCAGCUACGGCCUCAUCACUCCUGCAGCAGCUGCCUACAAGGAGGUAUGGCAGGUCAACUUGAAAUCCAAAGGCUUGGGUCAGACCAAGAACCUCACUGGGGUGUACAGGCUGUGUUUGUCCAGCCGCACCAUCAGCUUUGUGAAACUGAACUCUGAAACUGCUGCAGUGUGUCUGCAGCUCAUGAACAUAAGGAGAUGUGGCCACUCGGACAGCUUCUUCUUCAUAGAGGUGGGCCGGUCGGCGGUGACCGGGCCCGGGGAGUUCUGGAUGCAGGCAGAGGACUUGGUGGUGGCGCAGAACAUCCACGAGACCAUCCUGGAGGCCAUGAAGGCCAUGAAGGAGCUGUCAGAGUUCAGGCCGCGCAGCAAAAGCCAGUCUGCCAGCACUAACCCCAUCUCUGUGCCCACACGACGCAACCUCAACAACCUCCCCCCUAGUCAGACGGGCCUGGUGAGGAGAUCCAGGACUGAUAGCAUGGCAGCCACGUCCCCAGGGAGAAAGUUCACAUCCUGUCGGAUAAGAACGGCCAGCGAGGGAGAUGGAAGCGUGACCCGGCCUGUGUCCAUGUCCAUAUCUGUGAAUGGGAGCCCCACCAGUCCACACUCUGGAAAUCUAAGCCGGUCUCGCACCCUCAGUGCUCACUGCAAAAUGCUUGAGUCCGCCUCCAACCUGCAUCACAGCCGGUCCAUGCCAGGGUCCAAUUCCCCUCCAUCUGCCUCCAGCCCCAUCAGCAUGUCUCCCAGAGGGGGGGUGAGCAUCUUCACCCCUGAUAAAGCCAGGCGGCCGUUCAGCUGCAGCGCCUCCAUCUCUGGCUCCCUCAGUGACACUGGCUUCUUGCUGUGUGAGGAUUACAGCUACAGCCCAGGUGAACCCAAAUUCCUCCCCCUGACCCGCAGCGACACGCCAGACUCCCUCUCCAGCACGCCUCCCUCCCGUGACAUCAGUGAACUUUGUGGCUACAUGAUGAUGGAGAACACGAAUGGCAGCCGGCCUGGCGCUGGUCUUGAUGGCCAGGCGUUCGACCAGGCUUACAGGAAGCGGACGCACUCCCUCACCACGCCACGGCAUCAGCAGGUGGUAGCGCCACUGUCCUCAGCUUCCCUGGAUGAGUACACGCUCAUGAGGUUGGCCCACGGACAGAACUGUCACUCCGCUUCACCUAAAGUAUGCUACCCUGAGGAUUAUGGAGACAUUCAAAUCGGUUCGUCCAGGAGCUCAAGUAGUAACCUUUGCGAUAAUGGCUAUAUGCCAAUGACGCCAGGUGUCGCACCUCCGUCUGGAAAGGUAGACAACUACAUGCCCAUGAGCCCCAUGUGUGUCUCAGCACCGAAGCAGAUUGUGAACCCCAGGGUUCAUCCUCAGACGGCGGCCAGCAGUGGCUACAAAACCAACUCUCCCUCAAGCAGCUCUCUAGAGGACAACGGCUACAUGAGAAUGUGGUGCAGCUCCAAAUCCUCCAUGGAGAGCCCAGACAGGCAUGGUGAAUACAUGAACAUGUCACCUGGAAACCCACCUCCACUCCAGACACCCCCUGACUACUUGGGCCUGCUCCCUGGUGAACCUGCUUCCGUGAGGUCAAAUAACCAGGCCGGCUUCCACACGCUGCCGGCUAAACUCCAGGCCUCGAAGACUGAGGACAGCAGCCAGUAUGUGUUGAUGAGCCCGCAGAGUGUGAGGCAGCGAGCUGCAGAGUCUGACUAUUACUCAGUGAUGCAGCCCAGCGGGAGCCCCUCAGUGCUCUCCCCUGUCAGACACAGCCGGGCCGAGAGCCUUCAAUACAGAGGGAGGCUGGGACGGCCCAACAGGUUAUCCCUGGACACCCUGAAGACCCUUCCCAGCAUGAACGAGCACCCCCUGCCCGGAGAGCCUCGGAGUCCUGGGGAAUACAUUAACAUAGACUUCAGCUGCACCAGAUUCUCCCCCCCCUCCACCCUAUCCACAGAGAGCCAGUCGUCGUCUCUGGGCUCCAGCGGCGGGGGCCUGGGGAGAUCGUCCCUGACAGACUACAUGAACCUGGAGCUGGGCUCACACUCACGCCGGGAUGCUGACACUCCUGCUGAGCAGAUAGACGCACUCCCUGUGUCGUCACUGUGCUCAGGGGAGGAGGGAGUGUUCCACCUGGGGAGUGAGAAAGGGUCUCAGGGCCCCGACAGUGAGGGGAAAAACGACUACACCGAGAUGACAUUUGGGAUGACCAGCUCGCCCCCGCAGCUUGUUCCUCAGAGCUCAGCAAGCAGCCAGAGCAGCAGGGAAAGGAGGCUCUCUCUGGAGAACCAGGGAGUCCCAGGGAGCAUUGGGGUCUUCCUGCUGGGGGCCACCUCCUCCCUCACAGUGGAUCCUGACUGCUCUGCCAAGGUGAUCCGGGCCAAUCUGCCAGGACGUCGGCGCCACAGCUCGGAGACCUUCUCCUCCACCGCCACUGUGACGCCGGUCUUCCCCUCCUUCGCCCAUGGCGACACGGUGAGGAGGCCCAGCUCGGUGGAGAACAUCUCAUCCCGGAGCAGCGAGGGCUCAGAUGAAGAGUACGGCAGCCCGGUGAACCGUCAGGUUUCCGCUGGCUACCCGAGCAGAAUGAAUUACAUUGCCUUGAACCUGCUGGACAACAGGGAUGUGGAGAAAUGUGAAGAACUGGUCGGCUUCAAACCCACCAGCAGCUGCAAGGGGGGACUCAAUGGAUUACACAGCACUCCCUAUGUCUGUUUGGGUUUCAAAGAGGCUGCAACCACUGCCAAAGACUGAGCGACUCCUCCAUCUUCACGUCCUCACCAAACUGCUGCUCUGCAAAAGAGAAAGAAAAAGGAUCAACGAGGCCCUUCCUUUGGAUUCUGUGGCCGUCAAAGACCCUGUGGACCCUCUGGACCCUCUGGACCCUCUGGACCCUCAGCAACACACAUACACACACACAUAGGAUACAAGCAUGUCACCAACUAUGCAUGUCAAGAGUGUGUGUGUGGUGAGGGGAGCGUCUCAUGUUCCCUGCACCUUCAGAGGCCAUAUCUUCUGUGACCCAAAUUUCCAUCACGUAAGAUAAUAAUGAAACUCUAAUGGUUUCCUCACACUAUUUAUUCACUGGUGGGUGGUUCCAUGACGACCUGUACGUGAGCAACAUACAAAUCAUGACCAGCUACUAUAGAAAUGACCAUGGAGCAAGGUACACUGAGUAUAAAACUAUAUUUAGAUGAAAUUAUUUAUUUAUUUUUGGAAGAUGAAUGUCUCAUAAGACCUACCCGAUGCCUUAAUGUCUAUACUGUCCUUACGUUUUCUAUGGAAUGACAUAAAUAUUCUAUUUCGGUACGUCUGUUUGGAUCUACAUCUCUAUAUUGUUAUUCUCUAGCAGAAAGUAACUAGUUUACCCUUAAAAGAUAUUAUUUCAGAUAUGUAGAGUGCAGUCGAUGAUUUAUGGUAUUGAUAUUAAAGUAUUUUCUUAAUUUCUAACUUAUUCUAACCUAGUUUAUUUUUUAAUUUUUUUGUCCAAUCAAAAACGCUGGACUUUAAGAAAUAUAUUUGUAAAUUUCUCCGAGAUGUAUGCAUGUGUUUGUAAGUCGGCUCAGAGCCCUGCACCCCCCGCAGCUCCAUGAAAACCUCACACACUCCUACCUUCAAACCUUCUGUGAUAUCAUACGAUGGUACAACUGUCUAGUGGGGGGGGGGGGGGGGGGACAGCGGAGAAUAUCAAGGUUGGUGGGGUGAGAGGCCAACGACCACAUCGGGCACCAGCAUGGAGGUUCACUGGAGAAUCAGCUGUGGGGAAGAUGCAGCCGAUCACAUUAAAUAUAACAGCUGAUUAAAGAGAAUUAUAAAACGUAACAUAUGUGAUGACAUUUUAGUAUAAUGCUAAAAUGUAAAACUAAAGUAUUUUAGCAUUUACGUACGAAAGGAGAUGCGUCAAUUUAAAACUAUGUAACCGUCACUACCAAGUAUUAUACAUCCACUAGAGGGCAGUGCAUAGUCACGGGUUUUACGACGAUAACAAAUAUGGCGAGGGUGGAGGACGGCCGUGUUGUUAAUGGGUUAACUCUACGAACUCUCUCCUUAAAAGAUUUGUUGAGAAUUCUUCCUCAUAUCACGACAAAACCACAGAGUCAGGACAGAUGGCUCCGCCCCGUUUCCGUACCUACACUGAGCAGAAAUGAGCGUUAUGGCGAAACAGCACCUCCUGUGGCAGCAAGUAGCAAUUUCAGGAUAAUGAUGAAUACGAGAGUAGGACUAGCAUAAGUCAAGAAUAACCUCUUCCUGUAAUGUUAGCUCACACAACUCUAUCUAAAGUUGGAAACUUACUUAGUGAAACUUGUGAUUUCAGUCAAAAAUUACAAGAGACCGUUAAAAUCUGCUGCCUCAAAAUGGAUGCCAGAGGAUUCGCAUAUAUGAAAACCCCUCUUUUCUAUUUUUACACUGUGCUGACUCCGCCUGGCUCACAGCCCCCCCUUCAGUGUACAUUGGAUUGUAAAUCAUUGAACCACGUCUGAAUGUAUCACUGAGCUGGUGGGAAAAACUCCACAGAAACACAACAGGGGGGGGGGAACACUCAAGUUUUAUUGGAGCUGAGCCACAGAGUCGUGGCUGCUAUUCAUCCUCAGAGUCUUGAACGUGUAUAUAUCGUGUAUAUAGACAGAGUUUAACUGAAAGAAAUAUUGAAACUUAGAUUUUACCUAUGCUGCAUUGAUAUUCCUGUGUAAAGACUUUGGCUACCGAUUUUUAAAAAAGGGGGGGAAGGGGUUUGUGCUUUGGGGUUGUACAGUGUUUGCUCCCUCACAGUCUAUAUGAAAAAUAACUGUCUAUUUUAUUAUAGCGAUCUCUUUGCCUUGUUGACACACUUUACCUAAUGGCAUAUGCAAUAGUGAUACAGUCUAGUUUACAACCGUGGAACCAAAUGUAACAUUGCAUCAACAGUUUUCUUUUUAUUCUCUCGCUCAUGUUGUACAUUUCUCCUCCUGCCAAGUGUUUUCAUCGCCGGGAACGUUUGACAUGUCUCGAAGCUCUUCGCCCGUCUCUGUGUCCGCGGACAGAUUCUUCUUCUGCAGCCCGGACCGACUCGGUUUGAAUGUGUCAUCGUCUUCCAUUGUACAUAGAUCAAUAUACUGUUUAUCGUGAUGCUCACAAGAGAUGAUUUAUAAAUUCUGGUAGUAAAGUACUGCUUUUGUCUGUAUUGAUUAUGGAUUAGCAACCUGCAGAAAUAAAUGAAUUUAUUUAAAGAGGUACAA